UUUAAUGGCGAUAAUAUCGGUUGUGUAUAUAUAAAGCACAUAGCUUAUGAGUAUGGGAAGAGAGGUGCAUUCUUGGUCAUUGGGGCAAGAAGAGAGAAAGCUUUACAACAAGUUGCGGAGACGGCCCAUUUGCUUGGAUCUCCUCGCGCUAUCCCUAUACGAACCGACAUCUCCAAACCCGAAGAUUGCAGGAGAUUGAUUCAAGAAGCCAUAAACCAAUUCGGAAAAUUGGAUCAUCUGGUGAUGAGUGCUGGUGUGACUCCAGUUAGCCUGUUCGAAGAAACAUUCAAAGUCACCAAUUUCGCACCAGCGAUGGAUAUAAACUUCUGGGGUCUGGCUUAUACGACUUAUUUCGCCGCACCCUACUUACGGAUGACGAAAGGCAAGAUUGUUGUGAUUGCUUCUUCGGCUAGUUGGUUGAAUGCACCAAGGCUAAGCUUCUAUAAUGCAAGUAAAGCUGCAGUAGUAAGUUUCUUUGAAACUCUACGUGUCGAAUUUGGAUCGGGUAUAGGAAUCACAUUAGUCACUCCAGGGUUGAUCGAAUCGGAGAUGACAAAAGGCAAAUUCCUCAACAAGGAAGGCAAAAUGGUAGUUGACCAAGACAUGCGAGACGUUGUGAUGAGUGCUGUUCCGAUAGAGAGGGUUGCACGACUGGCAAAGUCGACGGUCAACGCCGCGUGCAGAGGAGACAAGUACUUGACGGUGCCACCUUGGUUUAAGACAACCUUGUUCAUCAAGAUGUUUUUCCCUGAAGGGGUGGACUGGUUCAACCGCUGGUUCUCGAUCACUGAACCAGGAAUACCACAAACAGAAGCUAUUAGCAAGAAAGUUGUAGAUUUGCCUGGACUUAAGGACCUGCUUUGGCCCGAUUCUGUACGAUCCCCCAAGAUUAAAAAGUAAAUGGGAUUUUUACCGAGGUGAUGUAAUGAAAUUAUUGUACUAUGAAUAAAAGACAACCAGCGCAGCGUAAAUGAACUUUUUACAUAGUUUGUUGCAGCUGAUGAUUUUGUUU